GACAGUCGCUUUGCAGCGGAAAAGAAAAUCCAUUAAAAAGCCAUUUUUGUACUGCAAUUGAAAAAGUAUUCCAAUUAAAAUUAAAAAUAUAAACGAAAUAUUGUGUGCGCAGAGUAAAAACUAUAUAAAAAAAGCUUUUCAUAAAAGCCAAUUUCAACAUUUUCUCAGUUUUACACCGCUUUGGAGCAUAAGUUAAAGGACGCUUUUGCACAAAAUUGUGUUGCGGUUUUUCAGGCGUCUGUUAUAGUACAUACAGUGUAGUUCUAGCGGACUAUGUCUAAGCAUUUGCAACAACAAAAUAAACAACUAUACACAUAGCCAUGGCUGCGACGAGAAAGUUGCAAGGUGAAAUAGAUCGUUGUUUAAAAAAGGUAGCGGAAGGUGUAGAAACAUUUGAAGAUAUAUGGAAAAAAGUACAUAAUGCCACCAACAGCAAUCAGAAGGAAAAAUAUGAAGCUGAUCUCAAAAAAGAAAUUAAAAAACUGCAAAGACUACGUGAUCAAAUCAAAUCAUGGAUUGCCUCGGCUGAAAUAAAGGAUAAGAGCGCGCUCUUAGAAAACCGUAGACUAAUUGAAACGCAAAUGGAACGCUUUAAAGUUGUCGAAAGGGAGACUAAAACUAAGGCGUAUUCGAAAGAAGGUUUAGGUGCUGCACAAAAAAUGGAUCCCGCUCAACGUAUUAAAGAUGUGGCCCGUAAUUGGUUAACAAGCUCAAUUAGUUCACUGCAAAUACAAAUUGAUCAGUAUGAAAGUGAAAUUGAAUCGUUAUUAGCGGGCAAGAAGAAACGCUUAGAUCGUGACAAACAAGAUCGUAUGGACGAAUUACGUUCUAAAUUGGAUCGUCAUAAAUUCCACGUGACAAAACUAGAAACACUGCUGCGUUUAUUGGAUAACGAUAAUGUUGAAGCUGAACAGGUUAAUAAAAUCAAGGAUGAUGUGGAAUAUUAUAUCGAUUCGUCGCAAGAACCUGAUUUUGAAGAGAAUGAAUUCCUUUAUGAUGACAUAAUUGGUUUGGAUGAAGUUGAACUCUCGGGUACAGGUGUCUCACUUGGUAUUCCAUCAUCAGCUACCACGGAUAGUAAUAAUAGUAAUGAAACCAGCGGCUCACCUAGUAGUAUAACAUCUGGCGGUAGUCCUGUGCAGUCACCUUUGCCAGUCCAACAGCAACAAUCCCAUAACCAAGCCAUAGCGGCAAGUGGAACCACCACCACGCAGCAGGCGCAGCAAAAUAAUUUAAAUUAUUCGAGUGACUCAACGACGACGGAUACCGCUGCGGAUAAGCGUAACAAAAAUGAAAAUAACGCCAACAGCAAGACAAAGCAACAGCCGGUAAAACCUACGGCUGUGAGGGCGUCAAAUAAGACAAAUGGUGGUUCCUCCGAAGUAAGUGCAAAUAAGAUUGUUAGUUCAACACCCAGCAAAAGUUAUCAUCAGCAGCCACAUCACACCACACAACAACAACAGCACACAACAGCAGCAAUAGUGGCGGCAACGCACGGAACAUCAACUAUACACAAUCCUGCGGUGCAACAGCAUACACCAGCGCCUAGCUUACAAGCGCCGACGGCAGCGGCUGCAGCGGCUGUGGUAGCUGCAGCAACGAACGCCAGCAAUGCUGCAGCUAAUUUGCAAGGCCAAUCUGUGAUUCAAGCGACACCUACAAUUGCAUUUGCAGCAGUGGCAAAACAUAACACCUCUCUUCAGGAAAAUGGUCCUGUGCAUGGAGGUGCCUCAUACGCCAUUGUUGGCGGCACAAACCAACAACAGCAGCAACAGCUAUCCAAUCUUCAGGCAAAUUCCUCUCAUUUACAAAAUGCGCAUAAUAAUACUUCCAGUAAUGCCGCCGUGGGUAGCAUAACAAACGUGGUACAACAAGGAGCAAAUACGGUUAACGUAAAUAGCUUAGCAGCUAAUGCGGCAAAUUGCAUUUCACCCAAUAGCAUGGCUGGCUUGCAGCAAGUUCUUAACGCACAGCAACAACAGCAAGUGAUGGGAGUUAAUGCCAAUAAUGCAACAAGAGCCUCGCCUGGCUUGCUAUCACCGAAGCAUAUGAACGGUAUACCUGUAACCAGUGUUGCUAGCAAUAAUUCAGUGGAUGCUAUCUCACUCAAAACAAUGGCUCAAGAGGCCAUUAAUCGGUCUGUGAUCGACAGUAAUAAUUUAACACAACAGCAGGGGUCAAACAUUGAUUCUAGACAGCAGCAGCAGCAACAAGUACUCCAACAGCAUUUUACAAAUGAUACAACUGCCAAUUCUCAGCAUCAACAACAAAACACUGCUGCCGGACUUGCGGCGGCGGUAGCCGCAGCAACAAAUGGCCCUACCACGGUGAUAGGUAAUCCCAGCAGCGGUAAUAAUAUUGGAUCCGUUAGCAGUGGGCUUAGUGCAACCGCUCUAACGAAUCCUUCUGGUCAGCAACCAGUUGGGGCAAACACUUCAGUUAUUGGUGGUGUGAGCAAGCAACAAGUACAACAACAACAGCAGCAGCCUACAAAUGAGGCGCAUAUACCGCCAUUGCUGGGUGUAGCGCCUCUUGGACCGUCGCCACUACAUAAAGAUCAUCAAUUACAGUUUCAAAUGAUGGAAGCCGCCUACUAUCAUCUGCCCACACCUAGUGAUUCGGAAAAACUGACAACGUACUUUCAUCGAACGCCAGUGCAGACACCACCACAUUAUCCGCAGCAACAACUUCCAAUUUAUGAUACCGUUGAAUUUUACCAGCGUCUCUCAACAGAAACUUUGUUCUUUGUUUUCUAUUAUAUGGAAGGUUCAAAAGCUCAAUAUUUGGCAGCCAAGGCAUUAAAAAAGCAAAGUUGGCGAUUUCAUACAAAGUACAUGAUGUGGUUUCAGCGUCAUGAGGAACCUAAAAUUAUUAAUGAUGACUACGAACAAGGCACGUAUAUCUAUUUCGAUUAUGAGAAAUGGAGUCAGCGAAAAAAAGAGGGCUUUACCUUUGAAUACAAGUACUUAGAAGACAAAGAAUUAAAUUGA